AUGGGCUCCAUCCCCAUCGCACCGUCGUCGACGCAGGGACCACUCGCCCCUCCCCCCUCGACCACGGCCUACAAAAUCGCCUCCAUCCCCGCCGACGGGAUCGGGCCCGAAGUGAUUUCCGCGGGGAUUCGAGUCCUCGAGACCCUCUCCCAGGCGUUUUCAUCACGCUUCACUUUCCAAUUCACCCACUUUGACUGGUCCAGCGACACGUACCUGCAGAAGGGGCGGUACAUUCCCGAGGGUGGGCUCGACGAGCUGCGCCAGUUUCACGCGAUUCUGUUUGGUGCCGUCGGCGACCAACGAGUCCCCGACCAUAUCUCGCUUUGGGGUCUCAGGCUCGCUAUAUGUCAGCCCCUGCAGCAGUACGCCAAUGUAAGGCCGACAAGGAUCUUGAGGGGAGUCACGUCGCCGUUGUCGAGUUGUCAGGGGAGUUUGGAGAAUGCGAAGAAGCUGGAUUGGGUUAUUAUCCGUGAAAACAGUGAAGGCGAGUACGCCGGGCACGGGGGCCGCUCCCACGUCAACCAACAGUGGGAGGUGGGGACCGAAGUGAGCGUCUUCACGCGGCACGGGUGCGAGCGCCUGCUCCGGUUCGCGUACGAGACGGCGCGGUCCCGACCACGCAAAAGGUUGACGUUCGUUACAAAGUCCAACGCGCAGCGCAACGGCAUGGUUUUGUGGGAUGAGGUCAACGAGUCCGUGGCGCGCGACUACCCGGAUGUCAGUGCCGACAAGAUGCUCGUGGACGCCAUGACGUGCCGCAUGACCCUGCAGCCCGAGACUAUUGAUACCGUGGUGGCAACUAACCUACACGCCGACAUCCUCUCCGAUCUGGCCGCCGCGCUGGCUGGGUCUAUUGGGAUCGCACCCACGUCUAACUUAGACCCGACCCGCAAGAACCCCAGCAUGUUCGAGCCCAUCCAUGGCUCCGCGUGGGACAUUGCCGGCAAAGGUGUCGCAAAUCCGGUGGGAACCUUCUGGACCUGUGCUGAGAUGGUAAGGUGGCUGGGUCAGCCUGAGGCUGCGGAUAUGUUGAUGGCGGCCGUCGAGGCGGUCUUGGAGACGGGCGUCAAGACCAGGGAUCUCGGGGGGCAGGCGGGCACCGAUGAGGUGACGACCAAGGUGUGCGAGGAGAUUCUGCGACUGGGCAAGGAGCGAGGAUUCUUUGUCGCCGGUAAAGAAUAG